AUGACGCCACUCGGACAGCUCGAAUGGGCUUAUAUGGCGGCUAAGCGUAUCAAUUUCCAGUCUCACAAUCUCACAAUACUGGCGCGAGUCGCCGCGGACCAAACGGUCUUUGCGACCUGCAACCUUGCAUUCUUCCUCUCGACCAUGUCGGUAUUGGAAGGAAGUGACCCCAAAGAGAAACUUGCCAAGAACUACCUUCCAGGGCUCAAGGCAAAUUGGGCACUAUGGCCCGCAGUCCAGGCUGUGAAUUUCAAGCUAGUGCCUCUUGAGCAUAGGGUUCUGGUCGUGAAUGUUGAUGACUCGAGCUAUGGCAUCUGCGAACAGAGUCCACCAGCUACAUUAGAGAAGGAAACCAUCUAG